CAGACAGGCCAGGUUAGGUAGUUUAUUUCUACAGAAUGUGAAAGGCCUUUCUCUGGAGUAUAUAAAAAUAAUUUUUUCAGAAAUGCAGGUCGGGUUCAGGGUAAGGCAAUUGUUCAAGGUUGAUUUUUGGACUCGGUGGGGAUAACAAAUUUAUUGCUGUUCUCAAAUGUAUUGCAUUUCAAAUUGCUUUGUUUGAUUCUUUUAUUUCAUCAUCAGUAAAGUGACUUUGGCUCAGAGUGUUUUAAUCUGUUCUGAACGGUGCUCAUCAAGAAAAGCCACUUGUGGUCUUGGUCUGCCACAAUACUUAAAGUGUCCCUAUACACGUGUAUAUUCAUUAUUUUAGCAUUAUGGUAUGAGACGUAUAUUUUUAUACGAGUAGGUCUAGCCACCAAGAAGGCUAGUGAAUAACGUGCACUUACCAGGUGAAAGCCUGCGUGUCUGGUUGCAUAUUAUAGAAAGUACUGAUUAAAUGUUCCGAGUUGAAAGUAAAAGUGAGACACCUUGCUUAUUGUGUGGCAAUUUUGCGGCACAAGAAGCACGGCGAGCGUUACAAUGGUAUCAAAGUACAGCACGCGCUGUUUCCGCCACAUGUAAUUCAAUAUUGAGAUGUACAAUUAGACACAGUUGUCCAUGGACAUGUUACUUAAGGGCGUGAAAAGGUCUGGUUAUGAAAUGGUUAAACGGAAUGUUUGUCUCCAGCCAGCUAUCUUGUAACCAAGGAGAGCGCCGCUGCACUGCACUACAAAACAAAAUCUAGCUAUAAACUUGGAAAAGGGACUUUUUGCAUGCUUCUUACAUAAGGUCACUUUAGUAUUUCUGAAUGUGGGCUUCGCUAUACUAUGUUUUUGCGAGGUAAAAUGUAGGUUUUACAGUUUGGCAAGACUUUGAUUUAUUUCGGUCACCGGGGAAAUGUAGAUUUACUUUAAAUUGAUGCCAGUGGGUUAGACUACUCGUUCCUACAUGCGGGCAUAAGGUAUGGCGCGUGUUAGAUGCUUUCUUUUGCCUUAUAUUUAUUUUUUAAAUCUUAAAAUCUGGUCACCAUAUGGAAAACCAUUCUCUCCGUGUAUAAUCUAAGGAAUCAUAAACAUACAGGUGGAAACAAAACGGGUAUGUAAUUUCAAGAUUUACGGUAGGUUACUUUGGAGACCUGCAGCCAUAAAAUUAAACAAUUAUCUUAUGUGUAGACUUAUUUGAAUAAAGUUAUUCAAAUCGCAAUGUCUGGAAUCGAACAAGCUACCAACUGUAGCAUCAAGCCGUUCAAAUCCAGUGAAGAGUAUCUGUAUGCAAUGAAAGAAGACUUGGCGGAGUGGUUGAAGGAUUUGUACGACGUAGACAUCGCCGUGAACAACUUUCUGCAGGUCCUCGAGACCGGCGCCGUCCUCUGCCACCACGCCAACAAUGUAACCCGCGUGGCGGCGGACUUUCUCCGCAUGUAUGGGCAACAGGCACUGAAGAUGAAGAUGCCCACAUCUGAAGUGACAUUCGUCGCUUCAGCGCAACCGUUGACUUUCUUGGCUCGGGACAACAUAUCAAAUUUUAUAAACUGGUGUCGGAAGCAUAUGGAUAUUAAAGACGUGCUGAUGUUCGAGACGGACGACCUGGUCCUGCGGAAGAACGAGAAGAACUUCGUGCUCUGCCUGCUGGAGGUGGCUCGCAGGGCGUCCCGAUUCGGCAUGGCGGCGCCGGUCCUGAUCCAGCUGGAGCAGGAGAUCGAGGAGGAGCUGCGCGAGGAGCUGGACCUGCCCCAGGAGGAGACGCCGCUGCCCAAACCGCAGCGCCGAGCGAUCGGCUUCCAGAACCUGGACGAGAUGGUCCAGCACUUGGUGAGCCACUGCACGUGCCCCUCUCAGUUCCCCAUGGUCAAAGUGUCUGAGGGGAAGUACAGAGUCGGGGAGUCCAGCACCCUCAUCUUCGUCCGGAUCUUGCGGAAUCAUGUGAUGGUGCGUGUUGGGGGUGGCUGGGACACACUGGAACAUUACCUGGACAAACACGACCCCUGUCGCUGCACCUCUAUUGCCCAUAAGCAGUCGAGGCUGGCCGGCCCCCUGCGGCCCCCCACCCCGGUGCACGAGAUCAAGGCCCGCCUAACGCCCCGGCAGGACGGCCAGGGCGGGGCCACGCUGCUGCUGCUGGGCCGAACGCAGUCCCCCCUGCCCUCCGUCACCUGGACCCCCUCGGCCCCCUCCAGAGGCCUGAAACCGGGCGCCCCACCACCCCGCUCCGCCUCCUCGCCGAGCCCCGCCUCCAGGGCGGGCCAGGAGCUCCGGCCCCCCAGUCCCAGCCGAAACAGGGAGAGGUCAGCCACGCCCCCUCGUAGGCAGCCCCCCUCAGAGGGCGGGGAUGUGUCAGUGCACAGCGCCUCCACCAGGCCAGGCAGAGACGUCACGCGCGCAUCUCCCUCCCCGCGGCUCACCAGCAGUCUGCCCCGUCCCGUCCAGCCCUCCCCUGCCUCACAGCCCGAAGCGGCACGACCCAAGACCCCCCUGGUCUUCCAGAAGGCCCCCAACCAGCUGUCCAUCCACCCACAGCCCGCCUUGGACCCCAGGCUGGCCCAGAGCUGGACCAAAUCUCAGUUCUCCUCCAAGCUGAGGCAGAGCACCAUGCCCAGUGCUAGGAGCACAGAGGCCCAAAGCAGGGGUCCCAGCCUGGGUAACACACAGGGGCAAGGAGGUCCGGGUCCCGUCAAGUUCACUGUGCCAGAGAGGUGCCGCAGCCCCAUCAAGAACGUCCGUCUGGGCCCGAAACAAGCUCCCAUGACCAGGCAGCUAGCUGAGGACCACAGGAGUCCACCAGAGGGUGCCGAAUUAAUACGCUCCUUUAGCCCAGUGAAACAAGUGAGGGAUGAGGUAUGGGGAGAACCCAGGAUUAGGCCCUUAACACCUAUCACGAAAGACCAGAGCAGUCGUGGUUCAGUGGAGCUAACAGCCCAAAGGAAACCCACCCCUGACAGCACCCAGGCAGCCCCAUUGAGCAGCACCUUGAACAGAGACUCUGAACAAAUGGGAAAACAAGGCAUGAGAAGCUCAAGACAAGACACCUCGAUGGUCCCCAUCAGCCUCUUGCAAGGCAGCAGAGCCUGCAUCAGUGUCACAGGAGCCAAAACCCAAUUAGCCAAUCCCCACAACCUUCAGGAACUCAACAGUAAAGAUGGAGGGAAGGAGGGCAGGGAACUGGAGAGAGCGUGCCUCUUCACCCCACCUCCUAUCACGCCAGCUCAGGAAGCGAGCUUGUACCAGAGCCUGGAGCAAGAAAUCCUGACCAACCUGCAGCUCCUCAGCAUGGACUCAGAUGAAAACAGCUCAGAAGGCGACCAGGAACCUGGCAGCCUGGAGACUCCUCAGAACAGGCAGGUGGACCCGUCUGGACGUUUCUCCGCUCCGCCUGCGGCUGAGCAGUCUCCCUCCAGCCGGCGGUACGCUGCUCAGGGCAUGUCCGCAUCCGAUUCCAGCGAUGCCAAUCGAGGCAGCCAUGAUGCAGGCACCAACGAGCCCUCAACGGUGAAGAGGCCAGUCAGCAGCGUGGACGUGGAAAGCUGGGUGGCCGCCCUCCCCAGGAGCUCCAGGGACACCCAACCACAAACGAGCAGGGCAGAGGCGGCCUCAGGGCCCCUGCGGGUCCCCAAACCCUGCGUGAUGAGCUCCUGGUCCUCAAUGGGCUCCAGUGUGGAGUCGAAGGAGGCUACAGGAGAUUUUAGGAGGUCUCGGGAUCCAUGCCGUGAGGUUGCCAUGGGAACCAAGAAGCCCAAAGGCGCUGUGGCCCCAGAUGCCUUCAGCACCACGUCGUCCACGGGCCCCGCCACCGAGAGCCCCGUCAAACCCAGGACCCCCUCCUUCAAGCAGAACAGGGCCCUGAAGAAGCCGGAGCGGGUGCCCUCCAUCUACAAGCUGAAGCUGCGGCCGAGAGCCCGGCCACGGCGGGACCACAGGCCCGAGAAGAAGCCCUCCAAGAUCCCCACCCCGUUGUCCUACAGGAGGGGUCAGCCUGGCCGUGACUCGCUAAGAGCCAAGAUGUCCGCCGGCAGAGAUACCGGCACUGACCAGCAGGGAUCCCAGCCCUCUGCCCUUAAACUCUGCUCCCCCGAGGGUAACCCGAGCUCCAAGGGGGAUAUGCGUACCUCUCAGCACAGCUGCAGACAGAGGGUGAAAUUCACUGGGAGGAAGCCACCAGUCCAGGAGCUGCUAGGAGACCUAGAGCAGGAGUCCUGGGUUUGAAUGCCUGCAGGCAGUCCUCAUGCAUCCUUUGAACAUUUUUGCAUCAGAAUUCCUCAGGGAAAUGCACUUAUUUCACUAAUACACACAUUUAGAAGGUGCUAGAAAUAUCUAACAAAACGCUAAAUUCAAGCUGUUAAUACUUCAAUCCUAACACAUACCAUAUAUUACUGACCUGUAAUUGCUUUCGUCAAAGUAAAUUUCCUUGGUAAUAAUUGAAGAUGACCUUUUAAAAUGGAGCGAGAACAUUUAAAGAUUGUGGAAGUCUCACUGCAGUUUACGUCCCCAUGCAUUUUUUAUGGCAUGAAAGACAGCAUGAAGGCAGCCAUUGAUCUUGCCUUCCUUGUGUAAAAAGUUUAUCCAUUUAUCACAUUUCCUAACCUUUCACUGUUACAGCAGUGGUCCGAGGAUCCUGACGGCUUUCCUCCUGACGCAGUCUUUAAAUGGUGAACCCACACGAGCACAGCUGGACGGUAGAGCAGAAUAGAAGUCCUCAGACCUUAUUAUAACUCACAGUCGGGUGUCUCUCAACUGUCAGCCAAAGUAAAAACAAGUUUCAUUUCAUGAUAACACCAAAGGUUGAGCGUCCUUUCUCUCUGUGUCUGGAUUGUUGGGGGACGUUUGUCUGUGACUGCCUGUCAAAGGCCUAUCGGAACAAAAAAAGCCGUUCGGUAUUCUCAAAACCCCCACUUAGAAGGGUCCUCUCUCUGAGAAGCACGUAUCCAAUUGGCCGGGGGGGAAAAAAUGGGCCAGUUUAAAAGACAACUGUGGACAUAGCUUCUGUCAAUACAGCACUGCAUUCAAAGGAUAAAAGGAGAAUAAUUUGAUCAGCAAUGAUUGUGUAAGGAACCACAUAGCUCUCUCCAUAAAAUUUAGUCUGAUAUCAUAUCUGGAUCAUGCCAGUUUAGACUGUGACUGACAGUCCUGCAGGGCGAUGUACUCUAGUGUCAACCCACGUGCGGGAGACUUUCAAUCAGGCCAGGAUGAUGGUGUCUCAUCGUACACCAUGGACCCCUGGUGGGCACUGCAGAUUCAUCUGCUGAGCUGCACAUGAAGUGUCUUCCUCUGACUCACAUCUGUGUGAGCCCAACUUCUGAACAGCAGCAUGAAAACAAGCAGUAGCUAUGACCCUAUCAUUUCAAGGAUAGCAUACGCUUUUCUCCACUCUCCUGAAUCUGCAACAGAGGUACCUAGAGCAUUAUUGGGCAUACCAAAUUGGGGAGAACAAAAGAAAAAUUCUAAUAAAAAAAAAAUGAAAUUUUCAAGGUGCUCAUCAGUUUGGGAUUUGAUGAGUCAUUUUGGCAGCCAUAAUUCUCAGGAGGUCCACUGGGAGCCGGAGUCUUUUUUAUUCGCAUACACACAGACAGUACCGCCAAGCGCCAGAAUCCCUGCUCGCCGAAGCGUUUCCAGUCACCUUGUGCUUUGUGAUUUUGGCUGUAGUCUGCAGGCUUAUAAAUAUCCCCUGGUAUAAUGCUGGAGAGACGGAGACUGAGCUAAAAAUAGCACCAUCAGAACUGCUGUCUGUCUCACUACACCAGCUGUGCUUGUUCAGAUAGCCGCCCCCCCACCACCCCCCCCCCCCCCCCCACGUCAUGUUUUCUCCUGUCUUCAAACUGGAAUCAGGAAUGAACCGCUACCAAUUACCAGCCUGAGAAUGCAAUGACAGCAAAGAACAACAUCCAAAUGAGAACAGUAAUCAAUUCUAUCUUGAGAACAUAACUGGGAUAUAUUUUAUUAUGAAAUGUAAUGUGAUUGAUUUUUUCCCCCCCAAAGAUUUAUUUUUGUGUUGAUUUCAGAAUGAAUAAACACAACUUGUUUUAAUUAAAAAUAUUACAAGUUUUUUUGUUUACGGUAUAUAUUGCCAUAGUGAUGAAAAGAAAAUUGGUGAUGAAAAAGUGGUGAAG